CCGUAGCAAAAAAAGUCGUCACUAUCACCCCUGCAUUAAUUUACCUCUGAAUUUACAUGCAUAGCUUCGGGUCACUUUAGAAAUGGAUGCGUCGACAAGUUAGAUUUCCUACUAACAUUCUGUUCGGUUUUUCUUCUUUUGACACCUUCAUUACCUUCGUUAGAUCAUCAUGCCUAUCCCGUUUAUCCAGGAAGUCUUAACAAAUGGAUUCCCAGAAUGGGUACCAGACUGGGCGCGCGACCCAUGGAAUGUAUUCCAGUUCGUCGCCAUUUCCGGAUUGCUAUUCAUAGUGAAGCGAUAUUUUAGCGGAGCUAAGAGUUUGGCUGAACGGAAUAUGCAUGGCAGGGUGAUAAUGAUCACUGGCGGAACUUCGGGUAUAGGUGCUGUCGUAACUCGAGAGCUGGCUCAACGAGGAGCACAAAUCGUGCUUUUAACCCAUCUACCACCGUCGAACCCUUUCCUCGCCGACUAUAUUGGGGAGUUGCGCCAGCAGACGAAUAACCAUAUGAUCUAUGCCGAACAUGUCGAUCUCUCCUCCCUACAUAGCAUCCGACAAUUUGCUACGAAGUGGAUCGAUAAUGCGCCGCCGAGACGACUUGAUAUGAUCAUCCUAUGCGCCGCUACGGUUACACCUCCCGGGCAUGCACGUACGGAGACAGAAGAAGGAAUCGAGGAGAUGUGGAUGGUCAAUUACCUCGCCAACUUCCACUUGUUGGGAAUUCUUAGCCCGGCAUUACGAGCCCAGCCCUUUGACCGCGAUGUCCGAGUAAUCCUCCCAACAUGCUCCUCUUACAUUCGGUCCCCGUCGCUUAAUAACGAGUUGAAAAAGAAAGAUUGGUCGCCGGGUCAGGCCUACGCCAGAAGCAAGCUAGCUUUAAUGUCAUUUGGACAAGCUUACCAGAAGCAUUUGGAUGCGUACGAACGACCAGACAAGCUUCCAAUGAAUUCCCGAGUCAUCUUCGUCGACCCUGGCUUUUCGCGAACUCCUGGUAUGCGGCGAUGGCUAACACGUGGCUCGAUUUGGGGAUUGGUGGUCUAUCUAUUCACGUAUUUAUUAUCUUGGUUUAUACUAAAAAGCCCAGAAAUGGGCGCACAGUCCAUUCUGUUUGCUGCAAUGAGCCCAGACAUGUUAAAAGGGCAGGGUGGCAAGCUUAUUAAAGAAUGCAUGGAAGUUGACUAUGCGAGGUUAGAUGUCAAGGACGAAGAAGUAGCUAAGAAGUUGUGGGAAGCUAGUGACAAACUGAUCGAAAAGGUUGAAAAAGAGCAGGCCGCUGUUAGGAUCUUGGAAAAGAAACGCCAAGAAGUGAAAGAUAAGGAGAAGAAGGAAGCAGAAAAAGCUGAGGAGAUCGAUGCGUUAAUAGGUACGAUCAAGAAAGGAAAAGACGCCGAAAAGAAGACGUCCCGACGAAAAGGAAAGAAGGCGGCAUCAUGAAUAAGUAUAUGAAUGUAUAAUAUUAUUGAAGAUCUUCAUUCUGACAUUUUUGAAUAUUAUACCAAGUGAUCCGGUUUAAUACUAAUAUUCCCAUUGGUUUAAGUCUUCAGCCAUUUGGUUUCGAAACCAGGCUACAUCAUUACCCCGAGCAAGACGUAUUCUUAUGUCAAUAUAGAAUAGUAGUUGAAUCAGAAUGCCGAGCGUCCCCGCAGGAUGGGUCGCAUU